UUACAGUUUACCCCUUUUAGUCCAAAACUCAAAACCAAAACUAUAACAAAAAAAAGCCUUAAUUACCAUCACAUUUUGCCAAAAUAAAUGUAAAAUUAUUAUGAACAACAAAAGCUAUACCGACAGUUGGAUAAUAAAAAGAAGACAAAAGCAAAGCUAUACACUUCAAAACUCAAAUAGUUAUUGUUGGAAGGAAUCAUAAUUCAGAAGAAAUUAAGUAUGGAGAAGAAAGAACCCAUUAUUAGAAAGCUUUUGUAUUUUUCUUCUUUACCCAUUUUCACUCUUUUGCUCUUCUUCCUUCAUCAACAACAGCCAUUUUCUGUUUAUUCUGGGGAGCAAAAUCUUGGGAAUAGGAGAAAUGGGGUUGUUAAUGAAGAGGUUGGUUUGAUCAAUUUACAGUUGAAACUCAGAAGACUUGUUAGAGAGAAAGAUCUACCGGAGUUUGAAGCCACUGGAUUUAUUUACGAUGUUGAUGACUUUACCGAAGUAUGUGUAAUAAGCAAGCCAAUUAUAUAUGACGAGCAAUCUUUAACUGUGUAUGUACCCUCCGAUGAUGACUCCAAGGUUACCAAAAUGAAGGUUAAGCCGUAUCCUAGAAGGGAAGAUCCGAGUGCUAUGGAACAGGUUACAUCAGUACAAGUUAUUCGUGGAAAUUCGAGCAGCAUACACCCACCAGCUUGUGAGAUUACGCAUGAUGUGCCUGCUUUGCUUUACUCGUUUGCUGGAUUUGCUGAGAACCCUUUUCAUGCUUUCAAUGAGCUUAUAAUCCCAUUGUUCAUUACGAGCCACCAUUUCGAGUCUAAAGUGCAGUUUGUUCUCACUGAUUUCAGAGGAAAAUGGUACUGGAAAUAUACUCGGGUUUUGAAGGAGCUUACAUCCUUCGAGAAUAUCGGUAUAGAUCCAGUUAAAAAAGUUCAUUGUUUUCCGUCUGCUGUUGUUGGGCUCAGGUAUCACAACAAUCUUGCGGUUAACAGCAGCGAUGCGCCUGUAGGAUAUACGAUGCAAGACGUCAAACGAUUCCUAUGGAACACCUAUAACGUGAAGGUUAAAACCGAAUUGAAUCUUAAAAAACCGAAAGUCCUUCUCUUUGCUCGUCGUGCUUCAAGAACAUUUCUGAACGAAAACGAGAUGGUGCAUAUGAUGGAAAACGAGUUAGGCUUUGAAGUUUACAAAGCCUUACCGAAUGAAACCAAGAAAUUGGACAAAUUUGCUCCAAUUGUGAGUUCAUGUGAGAUCAUGGUUGGGGCUCAUGGGGCAGGGCUCACAAAUGCAGUGUUUCUGCCCACCGGGGCAGCCCUGAUCCAGAUCGUUCCAUUGGGUCUGAACUGGGCGUCAGAUCAUUACUUCGGUGAGCCUGCCCCUGGUAUGGGGCUGAAGUAUAUUCGAUACAAAGUGUGGCGAAAUGAAACAUCGCUAUACGAAAAGUACGGUCCAGAUAAUCCCAUUGUAUCUGAUGCUGCUUCGAUUUGGGCUAAAGGAUAUGCUGCUGUGAAGCAAGCUUAUGUUGAUGAACAGAGUUUUAGAAUCAAUCUUCCCAGGUUCAAGGAAACACUUCUAGAAGCUUUGAGGCUCAUAAAACAGGCAGAUUCCUGAUUUAUAGGAAUGGGUGAAGAUGUAUUUGUAAAUGAAGCAUUAUUAAUCAUUGUUUGGGAUCAAUAUUUAGAUGGGAAUUUGUAUUCUCGGAGAUUUUGCUGGCAGUCAAGGGCGAAUUUAAGAUAUUAGUAUAGGGUGGAAGGAAAACUCAUAUUUACAUGUGUGUUGAACCAACUUGACUGUCAUUCUUCGAUGUUAUAUGUUACGCAAUGAAUAAUAAUAGGGUUAUAAUCGAAUGGAUCGAGCUAUGACCUAGGCAGACCCGAGCUUGCAUCUUCCAUGAUUGUAGAUUUACUGUGUAGAUAGGUAAUAACAAAGGUUUUGAUGUCUGGUACUGCUAUAAAUUGUGAAAUUUCAAUGCUUUGUGUGGUGUAUAUCUUUGUUUUUGACUGUUCCAAAGGGUGAACAAGUUAAGAGAAGUUUCAUUCAAGAUAUGUCCAAAGUUUGAUGUAUGCCUAAUGAAAGGGAAAAAAAAGUUUUGCUUUUAAA